GAACAGAUGGUUGUGGCUGAGUUAGAUUUUGAGAAUUUGCCUGAAAAAGUAGCAGUAUCAUUGUUAUGUUGGAUAGUGCAUACUGGAUAUGUUGAUUCAAAUUGUGAACAAUUUGUUGAUGGGGCUUUGACCGUUGAUACUGUUGAUAUGAUUAAUAUUAGAUUGUGUAUGCUGGAUAUGUUGAUUCAUAUCGUGAAUAAUUUGUUGAGUGCUUUGACCUUUGAUACCGUUGAUAUAAUUAAUGCUGAGAAUUUGUAUCCUGAGUAUCAUCAAUUUUCACGAAUCGAGGAUUCCUAUUUAAAAAAUCUACGUGUUGAAAGUAAUCAAUAUUUGGAUCCCGUGGAGAAAAAUUAUAGUAUUUAUGUAUUUUCAGAUUUUGAGCGG